CCGGCCGGCGCCGCCGUGCAUGGGCAGGGAGCGGGCGGGACGCUGCCUGCGCGCCGCGCUGCACAGCCACGGCCGCGUCUAAUUAGAACCUGAUUGUGGCAUUGUCUUCAAAUUUUUCACUUCUGCAGUCAGUGACAGACAGAUGCUCUGAACAGAACCAGAACAAACUAUGGCUUGUCUUACAAUGACAAAUAUGGAAAGUACAGCAACUUCUACUGUCCACCAGAAUGGUGACGUCCGUGGAAAUAGCAGUGCACCCAAGCAGACAGAACCAUUGCUUCAAGUGUACCUUUAUCAUUCUCCUGGGAAGACAGAAGGAGAUUACCUUCAAUUUUCAGCUGGAGAAUAUGUUGCAGAAGAGAUUUGUGCUGUUGCCUGUAAAGCUUGUGGUAUCAUGCCGGUGUAUCAUAACAUGUUUGCACUGAUGAGUGAAACAGACAGAAUGUGGUAUCCCCCAAAUCACAUCUUCCAUGUGGAUGAAACAACCAGGCUCAUCCUAAUUUACCGGAUAAGGUUUUAUUUUCCCCACUGGUAUUGCAGUGGCAGCAACAGAGCAUACCGGUAUGGCGUUCUUCGAGGCGCAGAAAGCCCCGUCCUUGAUGAUCUUGUCAUGUCUUACCUAUUCGCACAGUGGCGAGCUGAUUUUUUGGAUGGAUGGGUACAGAUGCCUGUUACUCACGAAACACAAGAAGAAUGCCUUGGAAUGGCUGUUCUAGAUAUGAUGAGAGUGGCCAAAGAAAAAGACCAAACCCCAAUGGCUAUUUACAAUUCAGUCAGCUACAAAAUGUUUUUACCUAAGUGUGUGCGAGCAAAAAUCCAAGACUACCACAUUUUGACACGAAAAAGAAUAAGGUACAGGUUCCGCAAAUUUAUACAACAGUUUGGCCAAUGCAAAGCUACUGCCAGAAACUUGAAACUUAAGUAUCUCAUAAAUCUGGAAACCCUUCAGCCUGCCUUCUAUUCAGAGGUUUUUGAAGUAAAAGAACCUGGUGGAGGUCCUUCUGGAGAGGAAAGUUUUGCAACCGUUGUAAUAACUGGAAAUGGUGGAAUUCAGUGUUCAAGGGGAAAACUUAAAGACUGUGAGACACUUGGAGAGCAGGAUUUACAAACAUACUGUGAUUUUCCUGAUAUCAUUGAUGUCAGCAUUAAACAAGCGAGCCAAGAAGGCUCCAGUGAGAGAAGAAUUGUCACCAUUCACAAACAAGACAGCAAGAAUCUGGAGGCUGAAUUUCAGUCAUUAAGAGAAGCUCUCUCCUUUGUAUCAUUAAUUGAUGGAUAUUACAGAUUAACAGCGGAUGCCCAUCAUUAUCUCUGUAAAGAAGUAGCUCCACCAUCAGUCCUUGAAAAUAUCCAAAGCAACUGUCAUGGGCCAAUUUUCAUGGACUUUGCUAUCAGUAAACUGAAGAAGGCGGGUAAUCAGACUGGUUUCUAUGUCCUUCGCUGCAGUCCUAAAGAUUUUAAAAAAUACUUCCUUACCUUUGCUUUAGAGCGUGACAGUACUACAGAUUAUAAACACUGCCUAAUUACGAAGAAUGAGAACGGAGAAUAUAAUCUUAGUGGAACCAAGAGAAGUUUUAGUAAUCUUAAGGAUCUCUUGACCUGUUACCAGACAGAAACUGUCCGUUCAGACAGCAUAAUUUUCCAGUUCAUCAAAUGCUGUCCUCCAAAACCAAAAGAUAAAUCAAAUCUCCUAGUCUUCAGAAGCAAUAGCGUUUCUGAUGUACCUUCAUCGCCUAUGCUACAGAGACACAAUAAUGUCAAUCAGAUGGUUUUUCACAAAAUCCGUAAUGAGGACUUGAUAUUCGAGGAGAGUCUUGGACAGGGCACAUUUACUAAGAUUUUCAAAGGUGUAAGGAAAGAAGUGGGAGACUAUGGCCAGCUCCAUCAAACUGAAGUUCUUUUAAAGGUGCUGGAUAAAGUGCACAGAAACUACUCUGAGUCCUUUUUUGAAGCAGCAAGUAUGAUGAGCCAGCUUUCUUACAAACACUUGGUGCUGAAUUAUGGAGUCUGUGUUUGUGGAGAAGAGAACAUCCUUGUACAAGAAUAUGUAAAAUUUGGAUCCUUGGACACAUACUUGAAAAAGAACAAAAAUAUUAUCAAUAUUUUGUGGAAGCUGGAAGUAGCCAAACAGUUGGCAUUAGCCAUGCAUUUUCUGGAGGACAAAGGCCUUGUUCAUGGGAAUGUCUGUGCAAAAAAUAUCUUGCUUAUUAGAGAGGAAGACAGGAAGUCUGGAAACCUCCCAUUUAUAAAGCUAAGUGAUCCUGGCAUCAGUAUUACAGUUUUGCCAAGAGACAUUCUUCUUGAGAGAAUACCCUGGGUUCCUCCUGAAUGUAUUGAGAAUCCCAAACAACUGAGCCUAGCUACAGACAAAUGGAGUUUUGGUACCACUUUGUGGGAAAUCUGCAGUGGAGGAGACAAACCCCUGAGUGCACUAGAUUCUUCAAGAAAACUACAGUUUUAUGAAGACAGGCACCAGCUUCCUGCCCCCAACUGGACAGAACUUGCAAACCUCAUAAACAACUGCAUGGAUUAUGAGCCAGAUUUCAGGCCUUCUUUUAGAGCAAUUAUACGUGAUUUGAACAGUUUGUUCACUCCAGAUUAUGAGCUAUUGACAGAAAGUGAUAUGUUGCCAAAUAUGAGAAUUGGAGCACUUGGAUUUUCUGGCGCUUUUGAAGAUCGGGACCCAACACAAUUUGAAGAAAGACAUCUUAAGUUUUUACAGCAACUUGGCAAGGGAAAUUUUGGCAGUGUUGAGAUGUGCCGGUAUGACCCGCUGCAGGAUAAUACUGGGGAGGUGGUUGCUGUGAAAAAGCUGCAACAUAGCACAGAAGAGCAUCUUCGGGAUUUUGAAAGAGAAAUUGAAAUACUUAAAUCACUGCAGCAUGAUAACAUUGUUAAAUACAAAGGAGUGUGCUACAGUGCAGGACGGAGGAAUCUAAGAUUAAUUAUGGAAUACUUACCAUAUGGAAGUUUACGAGAUUAUCUGCAGAAACACAAGGAGAGGCUGGACCACAAGAAGCUUUUGCUGUAUGCAUCUCAGAUAUGCAAGGGCAUGGAGUAUCUAGGAACAAAAAGAUAUGUUCACCGAGAUUUAGCAACAAGAAAUAUCUUGGUGGAGAAUGAGAACAGAGUUAAAAUUGGAGAUUUUGGAUUGACAAAAGUUUUGCCACAAGACAAAGAAUACUACAAAGUGAAAGAACCUGGUGAAAGUCCUAUAUUUUGGUACGCUCCAGAAUCUCUGACAGAAAGCAAAUUUUCUGUGGCCUCAGAUGUGUGGAGCUUUGGUGUGGUCUUGUAUGAACUCUUCACCUAUAUUGACAAAAGCAAAAGCCCACCAGCUGAAUUCAUGCGCAUGAUUGGCAAUGAUAAACAAGGGCAGAUGAUUGUAUUUCAUUUGAUAGAGCUUUUGAAGAAUAAUGGACGACUGCCGAGACCAGAUGGAUGCCCUGAUGAGAUUUACGCUAUCAUGAAAGAAUGCUGGAACAAUAAUGUUGCCCAGCGCCCCACCUUUCGGGAUCUUGCUCAGCGAGUGGAUCAUAUAAGGGAAAACAUGGGUGGAUGAAAAAACUCCUUCAAAGGAUGAGUUGGAAUGCAGAACAAAAUGUACUUGGUCAGCUGUGUAUAUUUGACAUAUGUACAUGUGCACACAUCUUAUCCUUGCUGGAAGUAAAAUCUGUGUGGCAAAUACCCUAUUUCAAUCUGCAUACUGAGAAUCCUGCUAGGCCUUUUUUAUCAGGAUAUAUUUGUUACUAUGAGAACAUGUUGAAAUUCUCAAUAGGGAAAGAAAUUAUUUUUCUAAAUUUAAAAGUGGAUGGUCAUUCAGCAACACCAUUAUUUGCCUUACUUGGCAGUACAAAAAAGAGGUGACUUAAAAUGUGAUGAAACUAACAGAUAAAAAACCAAUGUAUCUCUUUGUUGAAGUAGAGAUGCCCAGAAAAGACUUCUAGAAAUACUUCUACACCGAGAAAUAGUGACUAGGCACCCUGUUUUGUGUGUUGCACAAAGACUUUUGUCUGUUAAUACAGUUUCGUGAUUUUUUUCAUUGUUGAUGCAGAACUGGUUUCUCUGU